AUCAUGGUUUUGUGGGUGUGCUCGAUUGUGGGGUCCUACAAACCCUAACACCAAACCCCAUGGCUCCGAGAAAAUCCCUUUAACUGUGAAGUAACACUUCAUUCUUCACCAAUUCGCCCAACUUGUUUCCAAAGAUGCGUGUUUCUGUGUAGAAAUCAGUUCAACAUACAGCAUUGUUGUGUGUCUACAGAUCUGUAUUUUGUUGCAGAAUUUGGUUUGUCCCACAAGUUUGUUACAUGUCCACAAAGUCUUAAGAAUAUAGCGUUUGGAGUGUCACUGAAGCGUGCAGAUUCUCGAGCUUCCAUGAGAGACAACGCACUCAAUGAAAGCUUGGGUCCAUCGCUAACUUGGGCAUGGUAACCCAAUGCACAAGCCAUUUUGUUUGCUGGGUUUUGUCGCACACUCCAGGAAUGGAAACUUAGUCGCAUGGCGAUUGUAGAACAUCGAUAGUGCUGCUUAUCCAUAUGCUUCGUUGGGAAUAUUCUUCGAUGCUGGUGUGCCUGAUGUGCUGUGUUGCGUUUUUGCCGUGAAGUGAAACUCCGGCGAGUUGUUCAUGCGACUGUGGUUGUGGAUCACACCGGAAUGUCGGGGUUGGGUGCGGUGGAGGUGACAGGGUAUUAAAGGGUUUAGGACAUAGGGUCUAGGGGGGGUGGAUGUGGAGUUUUGGAGGAGUUAUGCGAUGAUGAGAGUGAUGUCGCUCGCACGGCGGGCGCUGUACAGUACGCAUCCCUUGCCAUCUGCACCCGGAUCGUUUACCAAAAUUCUCCCUGGUCAAUGUGCUGUAGGAUUUUCCUAUUCACAUGCCAGAAUUAGGGUUCGGAGUCCAUGCCCGGGAGGAAUUCGACGGAAGAGCACGUAUGAGGGGUUUCGUUGUGAGGUUGAAGGAAGGAAGGCUGAGUAUGUGAAAUGGCAGAGCGGAGGGGGUACAGUACACUCGCAAGCUGAGGUGCACAGCUCCGUUGUGGUGGAGCACGGGGCGUUUGUGGACUCAAACGCGCAUGUGGAAGCGAACGCGCACAUUUCAGCUGGAUGUAUCGUGGGGCCGGGAGUUUCUGUGGGCGAAUCCACCAUUUUAGGGUAUAAUGUUGUGUUGCAGAAUUGCUCCGUCGGAGCGUCGUGCAUUCUGCAUCCCGGCGUUUGCAUCGGUCAGGACGGGUUUGGGUUUUUGGAGAACAGUAGUGGGGAAAUUGUCAAGAAGCCACAGUUGCUGCGAGUGCAAAUUGGAAAUCAUGUCGAGAUUGGAGCGAAUACGUGUAUUGAUCGCGGCAGCUGGCGGGACACAACCGUAGGAGAUCACACCAAAAUUGACAACCUUGUGCAGAUUGGUCACAAUGCGGUCAUCGGCCGCGGGUGCAUGUUGUGUGGGCAAGUGGGUAUUGCAGGAUCUGCUACACUUGGAGACUAUGUUGUGAUUGGGGGUAAGGCUGGAGUUGUUGACCAUAUUAGUGUUACUUCUAGGGUUCGCAUUGCAGCCAAGAGUGGGGUUAUGUCGAACAUCGACAUACCUGGCGACUACGCUGGCUUUCCUGCAGUUCCAGUUGGGGAGUGGCGGAAGCAGAUGGUGACUUUGCGGAAGAUGGGGAGACCUGUAAAGAAACCACCCACAGAGCCUGCCGGAGGGGAGAAAUCCUCCACUGAAGACCAUUGAAGUGUUGCUAUUUUUCACUAGUUUUUAUCUUAUCCUUGAAGCGUACGGACUUGACUGUGUUCGGUGUCCGACGGAGAUUUCAUGUUAGGAUUAUAGGUUCAAUGCUUGCUUCAAUAGCAUUGCCGAAAUGGUCGCAUUAUAGUAUGUAGACUGUAGGACUGUUGUUUAUUUCAAUUUCAGUACAAUUUUGGCCUCACUCCAUAAUCUUGAGUUGCAUUCUGA